AAAAAGAGGAAAUAGUGUGAGGAUUACAUUGGGAUAUUCAUCUCAAGAGUAGCAUUUCAGAUUGUAUCUACCUCUCUUCCAACUACUUGUAUUGUAAGGCUCUUUGUGAGCCAAUAUAAGGUGUCUUUAGGUGAGCACCAUUGAAAGAGCUCUUUGUGAGCAGUUGUUUGUAUAGGCUUCUCUGCCGGAAGAAGGAUCAUAUAGUGGAUUUGGGGAAUUCUUGAGUUGGUCUCAAGGUGUGGACGUAGGCGCGGUGCCGAACCACGUUAAUAUCGCUGUGACACCCAUCUCAAGAUCAUCAUCUUCCUCUUCCUUUCCCCAGCAAAUCCAGGAAUUAAGAAGACUCUCAGACAGCCAUGGCAAAACAGCAGCGCAUGACGAUCAACUUCUCAGCGGUAACGAUGGCAGCGGCCAUCUUGGUUUUCCUAUCGCUAGUCUCCACGCCCUCGGUUAGAGCUGAUCAUCGAGUGCCAGUGUCAUCACCAGCCAAUUCUAAUUCUCUAGAUCAAGAAGCUGUAGCACUGAACAACAUGGAGGUGGCUUCACCACCUGCCACAUCAGCGGACCCUUGGUAUAGGCAAAAGCUACCGCCACAGCCAAGAAGGGGAUUCUACGUGUACCUAAGGGGGUGCAUUGACACACUGACCACGCCCUGCGGCCGUAGGAUGCAGCUCAACAUCUUUGCCAACCGCACAAUGGGCUUAGACGCCAAGUGCUGCGGCAAUCUCCAGAAGAUGGGGUACUUGUGCCACCGAGCAAUGUCCUGGACGCUGGCUAAUCUCCCCAAGUUUGCGUCCCAGGCCCCCCUCAUUUACCACAAGAGCGAUUCUCUCUACAGUCACUGUACUAGAACUAAACUGUAACUCCAUAUAUAUAUAUAUAUAUAUAUAUGGUCAUGCCCCUUAAUUUAAUUUCAUCCAAUUAA